AUGGUACACCCAUACGCGAAUCCGGCGGGGUAUAUGUCGGCGAGUCGCGACACCAUCUCGUCUCAGAGUUACGGCCCGAAGCGAGGGGAGGACUGCCGUCCGCCGCGUCGCAAGCGCUUCUCGGCGCUCAGCUUCAUGAACAUGCGCAACUCCAAGGACCUAUCCUCCCCGGGCGCCCGGCUCUCCCCCACCACGACUGUGCUGUCCUCUACCUCCACGAUCGUGGCGCCCUCCCCUGCCCACUCUCGCGCGCCGUCAGUGUCUCGUUCCCGUGCACCGUCAGUAUCCCACUCGCGCGCACCAUCAGCGCCUCCCACGAUCGCGUCGCCGCCACCCUCCAUCGUGCGGAAGCCGUCCUCGGGUAGCAGGCGGGGCCGCGAUCCGCCGUUCAUCGUUAAGUCGUCUCAGCACUGCACGUUCGAGGUUGCGCUUCCGGCGAAGACGCGGGAUGAUGGUGUCCACUCGAGGACGGCGCGCUCUGUACCCCGGGUGACCGCGCGCUACGAGCACUCGAGGACGGGGUCGAGUUACGAACGAUCGGCAAUGCGUCAAGACCAGGCCAUGAUGGCGCGCUCGUUGGCGCCUCGUAUCGCGCGGGUCCCUCCGCCGUCCAUCACGCAGGUGCCGCCGCCGUCUGUUACGCGGGUUCCAUCGACUACGCGCCCUUCGCCGCCGUCGACCGCUAGGUCCUCCCCACCGUCGACUGCCCGCUCUUCGCCACCCUCGACGGCGCGACCAGCAACGUUAUAUGGCUCACCUUCCACCGCGCACUCGUCGCCCACGCUCGUGUCCACGCCUAUCAACGCUGCCAAUCACGCAAAUGCGUCCAGUCCGAACCUGGUGGUGCAUGCGACAGGCAAUGAUUCUACUACGCGCGCGAAGGAGGCCUCCCAGUUCAUGAAACAGGUCGCGCUUGCGGUGAAGCAGGAGAUGCGGGGGACAUGGAGUUCGACGACAGAACGCUAG